AUGUUGCAAGCUGAGAGUUUACUGGGCCCUGCGCAAAUUGGCAUCAUGAAUGCGCUUCGCACAGGCAACACAUUUCUGGAUUUCGCUUUUUGCCUAAUUGUGCCGAUUGUAUUCUCUGCAUUCGCGACGGCAGAAAACAAAUACGGCCCUGUCUACGAUGUGGAUCAAAAUAAUCAUAUUCUGCACAAGGCUAUACUGGAGUAUAACACCCAUACUUGUGACUUGUGCUUCUCUGGGGGUCACUUCCGCUUGGUCUGCAAUGCUAAAACGGUGGAACAGGCUUAUGGAUGGGGUAACGAGGACGAUGGGUCGGUGCUUCAACAGUUGCACUCUUUCGAUAUUAUCGCAGAGCCACCGCCCAACGAGUCUGUGGAUGUGGGGAAGCAGACAACGUCCGACUACAUUCUCACCGCACAUGAUCAGGAUGCCAGGCAACGUGUCGAUGAGCAUGUACAGCACGCUUACCAGCGGUAUAUGGACUAUGUGGCAGCGCAGAGAGAUGUUGCGAGGUACACUAAUGACAAAACGUUCAACUCAAUGUUUUUCCCUCAGAAGGCUGCACUGCUCCGGUUGCUGGAUCAUUUCAAGCAUCAUACGGGAAAGUUCUCGAUUCCAUCAUACCCAAAUAAGAUAACACUUCUUCUGCAUGGCUCUCCCGGCACUGGCAAAACAAGUCUCAUUAAGGCACUUGCGCAACAUACAGAACGUCAUAUUGUCAGUAUCCCGCUGGCUAGGAUCAAAACUAACCAAGAUCUCAUGGAUGUGGUUUUUGAUCAGUGUUAUCAAAUUCAGGGCAACGACUUGACGAUGAGGCUCAAGUUUGAAAGGGUCGUUUACGUGAUGGAGGAUAUUGAUUGUGCGAGCAAGGGUGUCUUUGCUCGUGAUUCAACGAUAACGGACACUCUCACUGGGACUUCAGAUGGCAGUCUUCUACCCAAUGAUAUGGUUGCUCCAAGCACAGUACUGGAGAAACACAACACACAUGGCACGUUGACGCAAGACAUGUUGGAUAAAAGGAAAGCGAGUAAAGGGUCCUCGCUUGGUGUGGCUGGAGACGAUGAUCUGGACCUAGCUGGUCUUCUGAAUGUGUAG